UCCCGUCAGCUCCAGCAGUGGCACCAGAAAUGCGUUGGACAGCUCUCUGAUACGAUACGACUCCAUUCCACCUUCUUCUUCUUCUUCUUCUUCUUCAGCUCUUUCCCCUUCACCGCCCCCCGCGCUCUCGAUACAUCCUCGACGCACUCCGCCUCCGGAGCUCGUCAAUCGGAGGUCCCUUUCACUCGUCCGGCGUCGCCGCCGCCGCCUGCUUUCUCUUCCACGGCGUCCAUCGCCUAACGGGAACGCCCGGCCCUCCUCCGGCCGCCGUCGCUCCUCCGCCGCCGCCGCCACCGCCGCACCAGCUCCUACGUCGUGGAUUCCGCCGUUGAGCUCUGCGACUGUGGAACGUUCGUCCGUACGGGCGGCCCCGUGUGAUGUGUAGCUGAUUGGGCUCGCCUAGGGUUUAGUCUUUUGGUUCCGUGGAGGCGGAAAUGACUGAGGCUUCGAGAGGCAGAGUUACCAUCACUCUCGGGCGAAGCGGCCAGGUGGUGAAGAGGGCAGGAGUUGUUUCGGAUGCUUCAUACGCUGAUUCGGUGCCAGCCGUCGGCAGUAAGCGCUCAGUAAGAGAUAGAUUAGGCAGCAAUGCUGAUAGUACCCUGUUGCAUGGAGACAGCCUUGGUAGUAAAAGGCAUCGAGGAGAUAUUUCCAUGUCAAGUAGAGGCAGUAAUGGAGUUGAUGGCAUGCGAAUUGGUAAAGGUGACCUUCGUUUUAAACUCAUGCAAAAGAAUUCAUCUCGAAGAACUCUAAGUGACGACGAAUGUGAUGCCGUGGACCUCCGUGAGAAGCUGUCUAAAACAGUUCACACCUCAGCAGCUGCACUCGAUUCAAGGCAGCGGAUGCAUGAAAGGAAGGAUGAUAGUUUCUUGGGUCGAAUUCCUCCAUCAAGAAGUACAAAUCAUUUGCGUCGGACUGAACCUCUUAGAAGGUCUUAUCCUUCUUUAGGUUUGGAGAAUUUGAGACGAAGAUCCCCGGAAAGGUAUGUUGCCAGUUCUAGGGGCCUCUCCCCCCGAAGGAGUCCAGAGGAUGUUCAUAGAAGUUUGCCAAUGAGGACAUCGGAUGAAGUCAGGUCAAUUGCUUAUAUGCGAAAAGAUAUGCUUGAUCCUGCCAGGCCUAUGAGUAGUAGUGUGCCUUAUGUAGCAAACUCAACACGUCCUUCUACAAGCAUAAGGCCUGCAGCAACAGUUUUGGGUCAGUCUCGUUCUCCGAGCAAUGUUGUGCAGAAAACCUCAUACUUGGGUGAUGAACAUCAAACUGUUGAUGGCUUGUUGCAAUCAUUGGGGUUGGCAAAAUAUGCCAUUCUGUUCAAGGCUGAAGAAGUUGACAUGGCAGCAUUGAAGCAGAUGGGUGAACAUGAUCUUAAAGAGCUUGGAAUUCCUAUGGGACCUAGAAAGAAGAUACUUCUGGCUCUCGCGCCUCGUACCAAGCGGCAAAUGUGACAUCAAUUCUUCCAAAAGUGAGAUGUUAACAUUGCAACAUCCAUCACCUAGAGCGGAAAUGGAGUAGUUUUGAAAUGCAUUUUUGCCUGAUUUCACAUAUGUUCAAAUUUUCCUGCGACAAUGGUCAUGAGCUGUUUCACACUUUUGUCUCAAUUCAUUAGAUAGUAGAGGAAAUUUGAGAUAUGGACGUGAUCACCCUUUAAAUUUCGUGCUUCUUAAGAGGGUAUCUUCAUUAUCAUUGGCUAUUUGGCUGGAUUAAGCUACUUUUCUA